ACGGGCGCUCUAGGAUUUAGGGAUAAAGCGCGGCCCCGAGAUUGUUGCGGCGGGAGAGCGGCGGGGCAGAGAGCGUGACUCGCCCGCUCCAGUGCCAUCGGUUCCCUCUGCGCUUGCCGCCGUCGCCGCCGCCGCGCAACCAUGUCGGAAGAGAAGCCCAAGGAGGGAGUGAAGACGGAGAACGACCACAUCAACCUGAAAGUGGCGGGGCAGGAUGGGUCAGUGGUGCAGUUCAAGAUCAAGAGGCACACCCCACUGAGCAAGCUGAUGAAGGCCUACUGUGAGAGGCAGGGCUUGUCAAUGAGGCAGAUUCGAUUCCGGUUUGAUGGACAGCCAAUUAACGAAACAGACACUCCAGCCCAGCUGGAGAUGGAGGACGAGGACACCAUUGACGUAUUCCAGCAGCAGACAGGAGGAGCAGCUUCCCCAGGGACCGCCCACCCCAACCACUGUCCUGACAUUUGCUAUUGAAUGGUGAACGCAGCCGCGCCAAUCACAGAAGAGUCA